GUCACCGGUGAGCGCGCGUCGCGUACGUCUAGCGAACGCGGUCUCUUUCGCGCGCGUGAAGUGCUCUCAGCUGUCGAGUCGUGUAGUGUCGCUGCUGGCAGACAGCACCGAUGUCUGCCUCCGUGAACACGCGUACCGUAUCAGCGCGUCGCCACGGGCACUACUGCUUCGCGCUGCGGUGAGAUUUAAGGAAGGAAGGGCGCGUGCUAGUGAUGCUGCAGGAUAAGAUGAAACCCAAGUACGCGCUCGAGGACUACAUUUACGAGAUGGAGGCUCGUAGCCUGGAGGCCGCGUCGGCGGCCGACGACGAAGAACAGGACGUCUACACGCAACUACAGCAAAAGGAAAAGGACCUCAUCCUAGCCGCCGAACUGGGCAAGGCGCUGCUGGAAAAGAACGAAGAGCUCAGCAAGCAGAACGAGCGGAUCGCAGAGGAGUACUCGCAGAAUCUAGAGCGGCUGGAGCAGGACCGGCACGAGCUGCGGCGCCAGCUGGCGGCGGCGCGGUCGGAGGCGGAGUCCCGGCUGCUGGAGCUGCAGGCCGACCUGCAGGCGGCGACUCGCCAGCUGGCGGAGCGCGAGGCCGAGCUGCGGCGCACCGACCGCGAGAAGGCGGCGCUCGUCGCGGAGCUCACCGAGCAGAACCUGCGCCUCGCCGCCAGGCUCAAGGAGUCUGCGAGGACGGAGGAGCAGCUGACGUCACAGCUACAGGGCCUGCGAGACCAGUGCAACCUGAAGAAGUCCAGCCUCCAGGACCACGUCAGCAGCCUGGAGGUCCUCAGGGAUGAGGUGCAGCUGCUAUCAGAGAAGAAGAGUGACCUGGAGCGGCGCAUUCGCACACUGCUGGAGGAGCGAGAUGCCAUCAGGGCAGCCCUGGAGGACGCCACAGACCGUGUCGUGCUGCUCGAGCACCAGGUGCGCGACCAGGAGAUGCAGCUAAGGAAUGCACAACGGGAACUUGAUCACCUCAGAACAGCAAAUGGCUCCCUUGGUGAGAGACUGGAAGCACUCGCAUCCACAGCAGCAGCGUCCUCAAAUAACAGCUCCGGAGUUGCUGGCCAUCGCUCCUUACUUGCCGAAAUGGAGUGUGAAAAUGAAGCCAAUGGAGAAGCAUCACCACUCCUUGGAACACUUACACCAGAUGCGGUGAAAAUUAAAGAAGAAGCUUUCUCAGUUUAUUUGCAACUGAGGAGACUAUGUGCAGAAUGGGACAGGAAAAGAAAUGACUCAAUAACUUCAGAUCCUGAAUCAUUGCCCAUGGACAGUAUACCAGUUGACAUCUUAAAGCCCGGAAUGUUAUCUGGUGCGAUGUCAGAGCUGAUGACAUUACUUUGCGAGCCAGGGGGACGACGAGAGUCCAGCUGCAGUAGUGGUACUGGCAGUGUACUGGAGAUGGAAGUCGAGCUUCACCGAACCCGUGAAUCACUCGAAAAGACAGAGCGCCAGCUGCAGGAGCGUACCGAAGAGCUGCGAAAACGAACCGAUGAGGCGCUGCAACUCAAGAGUAAACUUAGUGUCCGUGAAGCAGAACUGCUAGCAGCAAAAGAGGAACGUGAUCAGGCUAGACUUGAUCUGCAAAAUACACACCUGGCACGUGAUGAAAUUAUAAAUAAGGCAUGGCAAGUACGUGAUGGUGCAGUUGCACGUAAGAAUGCCACUGAGGUGGAACUGGCCCGCACUCGCAUCGAUGUGAUGCAGGUUAACAGUCAACUAUUGGAAGCCAUUCAGCAGAAAGUAGAACUCAGCCAACAACUUGAGCAGUGGCAGAUGGAUAUGCAAGCAUUACUUGAUGAACAAAUGAAACAUAAGUUAACAAACCAAGCUAACACUAGUGAUUAUGAAAGUAGCAGUUCUAGUAGUGCCAGUUCAUCUAGCAAGAAGCGAGCACCCUCUCGUCGUCUCUUUGGUCUAUUCCAGCGAUGAGACAAAGAUUAAAGAUUAUCCUACUGAAUAUGUCCAAUGCAGCAAGCAUGAAAUUUGAGCACCAACCGUGGUAUAAUUAACUGUUGUACGUAUUUAUAUAGUUUAUUGGCAAGUGAAUAAAAAUACAGAAAUGAUCUCAAAAACCACAGCAUCAGAAAAUAAAACUGUUUCUAUUUAACAUGGAAAGUCAAAAUCUCUUCAUUGUAAAUAAAACAAAAUGUUACUUACUUGUUGAUUGGAUUUAGAUUGUAUAGAUGUCGUUGAUAACAAAAAGUUUACCAUGUAUCAAAAGGUUCCACUUUUAUUUUUAAGCUAAAACAUUUUACGAACACUACUGUACCAUAUAAAUUAUUUUUGUACAUGAUGUAAUAAUAUGUAUUUAAUAAUGUUAUCUGUGUGCAAUAGGCAGACUUAGUGUGUAUAUCAAAUUAUCUAGCAUAGAAUUAUGCUAGUUUAUGUAAAUAAAUUAAUUUUAAUUCACUUUUUCAUGAAAUUGUUUUAAAUCACAUUUUAGAUUUGAAGGUAUGCAAUCAAAGAAAUGCAGUUUGAAUGUGGCUUACAGCCAUUAGAUUCUAACUAAAAUGCAUUGAGUACAAAAAAAUGUGAAAAAUUUAAGAUAAUCUGGAUUCUUAAAAACCUAGAUUAUGAAAGUACCACAAGUGCAAUUACUAUAACUUUGUUAAGUAUGCAAAAAUCUGAUUGAACUGUUUUAUUAAAUUUCUCAUUU